CUCGGCGAUUUUCCGAUGGCCACCACCUCCUUCCUCUCCGGCCUCAAGUACUCCGACAGCCUGACGGUGGUGGGCAUAUCCGUCUGCACGGCCAUCAUCUGCGAGGCGAUCUCGUGGGUCCUCAUCUACCGCACCAACUCCUACAAGUCCCUCCGCUCCUCCAUCGACAAAGCCGCCAAGAAGCUCGAGACCAUGAAGACCGACUCCUCCUCCGCCGCCAAAAUUACCAAAAAAUCCAAGACCAAGAAGAUCGACCGCGUCGAGACCAGCCUCAAGGAAUCCAGCCGGGAUUUGUCGCUCUUCAAGUUCAAGUCCGGCGCCGUUGUCGCCCUCGUCCUCUUCGUCGUCUUCGGGCUGCUCAACUCGCUGUUUGAGGGUAAGCCGGUGGCGAAAUUACCCUUCAAGCCCUUUGGGCUGGUGAUGAAAAUGAGCCACCGAGGGCUGCAAGGGGAGGAUCCGACGGACUGUUCGAUGGCGUUUUUGUACUUUCUGUGCUCGAUCAGUAUUCGGACCAAUUUGCAGAAAUUCUUGGGCUUUUCACCGCCGAGAGGUGCCAGUUCCGGGUUGUUCCCCAUGCCCGACCCGAAAACCAAUUGAUGGGUUCAUCACUCAGGACUCCAUUCAAUGCCUACUGGGUUUGUUCCAAUAUUUAGUAUUUUUUUUAAGAUAUUAGAUUGCGAUUGGAUAUUGUUGUUGUUUAAUUAGUGUUCUAGUUCUCUAAUGACAAUUAGUAUUUGCUUUUAUAAUUUUCUCAUCAUUGGAUCUCUAAAAAGGGACGAAUUUUACUCCUUUUUUGUUAUCAAUUUAAUGUAUUAUUUACCAAAAUGUGAACUUUUUGUUAAGUAAUUAAGCUGUGAACAAAUUUAUGCA